AUGAGGGCCGCCGCCGGGGCAUGCUCCGGCGGCGGCAAGGACACCCUGGUGGCCUCCUUCCUCCGCUUCAUCCUCCUCUUGCUUCUCCCUCUCACCGCUCUGUAUAUCCUCUACGCCCUGCAUGCCAUUCUGUCCUCCACAUACCCGCCUGAACAUGAUCGCAUCAUGGCCGCCGCCUCCGUCUCACACGUCACCACCCACAACCAUACAUCAUCCAUGCCGCCGCCUCCCCUUAUGGUCACGGUAUCGACGCCGAGGACACCGCCUCCACCGGCCAUUGUCACGGUGCCGACGGCGAGGAUGCCGCCGACGCCCGCCACGGUCACGGUGGUGUCGACGGCGAGGAUGCCUCAACCACCCGCCACAGUCACGGUGGUGACGACGGCGAGGAUGCCACCACCACCCGCCACGGUCACGGUGGUGAUGACGCCAAGGAUGCCACCAUCACCAGCCGCGGUCACGGUGGUGUCGACGGCGAGGCUGCCACCACUACCCGCCACGGUCACGGUGGUGUCGACGGCGACGAUGCCACCACCACCCGCUACGGUCCCGGUGGCGGUGGUGACGACGGCGAGGAUGCCACCAUCACCCGCCGCGGUCAAGGUGGUGUCGACGGCGAGGCUGCCACCACUACCCGCCACGGUCACGGUGGUGUCGACGGCAAGUACGCUACCACCAUCACCACCUGCCACGAUCAUGGUGUCGACGACGCCGACGACGCUGCAGCACUUGGUGUUCGGCAUCGCGGCGUCGGCGCGCAUGUGGGAGAAGCGGAAGGAGUACAUUAAAAUCUGGUGGCGCCCUAACUCUGGCAUGCGGGGUUUCGUAUGGCUGGACCGCGGCGUGCGGGAGUCGAGGGUGCCGGAGGGGCUGCCGGCCAUCAAGAUAUCCUCUGACACCUCCGGCUUCCCCUACACGCACCGGCGCGGCCACCGCUCUGCCAUCCGCAUUUCCCGCAUCGUCUCUGAGACCUUCCGCCUCGGGCUCCCAGGCGUGCGCUGGUUCGUCAUGGGCGACGACGACACGGUCUUCCUCCCGGACAACCUCCUCGCCGUCCUCGGGAGGCUCGACCACCGGCAGCCAUACUACGUCGGCUCCCCCUCCGAGAGCCACCUGCAGAACAUCUUCUUCUCGUACGGGAUGGCGUUCGGCGGCGGCGGCUUCGCCAUCAGCCAGCCUCUGGCGGCGAGGCUGGAGCGGAUGCAGGACGCCUGCAUCCGCCGGUACCCGUGGCUGUACGGCAGCGACGACCGGAUCCAGGCGUGCAUGGCGGAGCUGGGCGUGCCGCUCACGAGGCACCCGGGGUUCCACCAGUACGACGUGUACGGUGACCUCCUGGGCCUCCUCGCCGCCCACCCGGUGGCGCCGCUGGUGUCGCUGCACCACCUCGACGUAGUGCGGCCUCUCUUCCCCAACGUGCGCUCGCGCCCGGCGGCUCUGCGGAGGCUGUUCGACGGGCCGGUGAUGCUGGACUCGGCGGGGGUGAUGCAGCAGUCCAUAUGCUACGACGCGGCGAACCGGUGGACGGUGUCGGUGGCGUGGGGGUUCGUGGUGACGGUGACGAGGGGCGUGAUGCCGGCGCGGGAGAUGGAGAUGCCGGCGCGGACGUUCCUGAACUGGUACCGGCGCGCGGACUACAAGGCGCACGCGUUCAACACCCGGCCCCUGGCGCGCAACCAGUGCGAGAGGCCCGCGCUCUACUACCUGGCGUCGGCGCGGCGCACGGUGGUGCGCACCGGGGAGACCACCGUGACGAGGUACCAGCGGUGGCGCCACCGCAACGAUGUACGGCCGCCUUGCCGGUGGAGGAUCCCCGACCCGGACGCGCUGCUCGACAGCGUCAUCGUGCUCAAGAAGCCUGACCCCGGGUUAUGGGACCGGUCCCCGAUGCGGAAUUGCUGCCGGGUGCUGUCCUCUCCGAGGAAAGAAGGGGGCGGGAACAAGACGAUGACCAUAGACGUGGGUGUAUGCAAGGACUGGGAGUACAGUCAAGUAUAG